AUGCAAUUCCUGAGAUCAUGGGCUGGAAUCAAGCUUGCUGUCAUACGGAAUCAAGCUUGCUGUCAUCAUUUGUUUUGGAAGGCACAAGCUGGAAUCAAAGAGGUACACUUCUUGCCCUUUAACCCGGUUGAAAAGCGCAAUGCAUCACCUACAUUGACUCUAAUGGAGACUGGCAUAGAAGCAGCAAGGGCGCUCCAGAUCAAGUUAGAUAAUCAUAAAAUUAUCAUUGAUCUAUGCGAACUCAAAGGAGAUUCAAGGAAGAAGGCCCACGAUAUCAUCGAUAAUUUUGCCAACCGUGGUCUUCAUUCUCUUGGUGUUGCACGACAGACUAUUCUAAAGAAAACUAAAGAAAGAGCUGGUGAACCUUGGGAGUUUGUUGGUUUGUCGUCUCUCUUUGGCCCUUCAAGGCAUGACAGUGCAGAGACUAUUCGUAAAGGACGGGUGAAACCAUCUCCAGUGCCCGACUCGUGGAAACUCAAGGAAAUCUUUGCCACUGGCUUUGGCCUCGGGGCUGUCAUGACUGUUGUAUUCUUUUACCUUGCGUUUGAUGCUGAUUUCUUCUCUAAUUCCUUCAAAGUGAGAUCUAUUAGAGGCAAUGCAGAUGAACUUACAGCUGCUAUCUACCUCCAAGUGAGCAUUAUCAGUCAAGCACUCAUCUUUGUGACUAGGUACCGACGCUGGUCAUUCGUGGAACACCCUGGUGUCUUGCUAUUCAGCGCUUUCCUAAUAGCCCAAUUGUUGGCUACAAUUAUUGCUGUAUAUGCAAACUGGGGUUUCGCAACAAUUCAUGACAUUGGAUGGGGCUGGGCUGGAGUCACCUGGAUCUUCAGCGUUGUCACCUACUUCCCACUUGACACUCGCAAGUUCAUCAUCCGAUUCGCAUUGAGUGGCCAUGCCUGGGAUUCAAUGAUCCAGAACAAGACUGCUUUCACAACCAAAAGGACUACGGGAAGGGCGAGAGAGAAGCACAGUGGCCUCCGGACAGCAGACAGGUCUGCUCCUGUUCAAUGA